CCCUGGUCAGUGCGCAGGCGCCCGUCCUGGUCGGUCCUCUUGUCGUGUAAACAGAGGGGUCGGCUACCAACAACUUCUGCUUCCGGUUCACUCCUUGACAGCGGCUUUCAAGACCCAGCUCAGCCCCCACGGUUCGGCAGUUUGGAGCAUGUGAACACACUCUGAGCCUUGAUGAGUUCCAGUAUGUGGUAUAUUAUGCAGAGCAUUCAGAGCAAAUACUCUCUCUCAGAGCGCUUAAUCCGAACAAUCGCUGCCAUCCGUUCCUUCCCACAUGAUAAUGUAGAGGACCUCAUCAAAGGAGGAGCAGAUGUGAACUGCACCCAUGGCACGCUGAAGCCCUUGCACUGUGCCUGCAUGGUGUCAGAUGCUGACUGUGUGGAGUUACUCCUGGAAAAAGGAGCUGAGGUGAAUGCCCUGGAUGGUUACAACCGAACAGCCCUCCACUAUGCAGCAGAGAAAGAUGAGGCUUGUGUGGAGGUCCUAUUGGAGUAUGGUGCAAACCCCAAUGCUCUGGAUGGCAACAGAGAUACCCCACUUCACUGGGCAGCCUUUAAGAACAAUGCUGAGUGUGUGCGGGCUCUCCUAGAGAGUGGGGCCUCUGUCAAUGCCCUGGAUUACAACAAUGAUACACCACUUAGCUGGGCGGCCAGGAAGGGAAAUCUUGAGAGUGUCAGCAUUCUUCUUGAUUAUGGUGCAGAGGUCAGAGUCAUCAACCUAAAAGGCCAGACACCCAUCUCCCGCCUGGUGGCUCUAUUAGUCAGGGGACUUGGAACAGAGAAAGAGGACUCUUGCUUUGAGCUCCUCCACAGAGCUGUCGGACACUUUGAGUUGAGAAAAAAUGGUACCAUGCCACGAGAGCUGGCCAGAGACCAGCAACUAUGUGAAAAACUGACUGUUCUGUGCUCGGCCCCAGGAACUCUAAAAACACUGUCUCGCUAUGCUGUACGCCGUAGCCUGGGACUCCAGUAUCUGCCAGAUGCAGUGAAGGGCCUUCCAUUGCCAGCUUCUUUGAAGGAAUACCUGUUACUUGUAGAAUAGCCUGGAGGAGACAUUUGCACCAUCAAGCAGGCAGCUCUGGGUGAGGUUUUUCUCUGCAGUACAGUCUCUUUGUCAUGGAAAACAGAAAAGCAGUUGUUCCUGUUGUAUGGUUUAUAGAUUUGGAGGCAACAUGUCACAACAGUAAUCGCCACACCACCUCCCCUCCCCAAACCAAGCAACCAAACAAGAAAAAAAAAUCCCUCACUUGUGUUUCCUGUUUAUUGCUUACUUGGCUUUUUACAUUGCACCCCGCAAAAGAGGUCUCCCCCCAUGCUUCACUUUAGAGAAAGAGUCAACAGUGCCCGCUAAAUUUCUCUAGGAAGAUGGAAAGUAUUUAAA